GCUGACCCGAUGUCAGCUCACAUGGCUAUCACUGUCGCUCGUUAUCUCCCUGAGACCUACGAGUUUCUCAGCAGAUAUUUCUGCUGACCUUUCUCAGCCUGCUGGGGAAUCAAUCUGUCGAUUCUUACUUUGCUACAAUCGUGAUCUGCAGGGUUUGCAAGGUUCCGCGGCGAUCGUCAUAGUAUGUUGUUGAUCACAGGUUUCAGUCGGGGUAUGGUCGGACAUGAUGUCUACUUUUUUGGCGCGUUGGCCUCUAACGGUGAGAGAUGUUCAGCGCUCUCUGCACGCCAUGACAGCUCCGCGACUUGGGUGAGCCAAGUAACGUUCAAAAAGCAUCAGGAGCGCAUGUUUCCCUCCUUAUGGAGACGCCACAGCGAUGUGACUGACAGCCAACACCCAUGCUCCGAUCAGGAAACGCCAGUUCGACAGUGCUCGUUGGCUCCAGGCACACCAGGAAGCCAACUGAGACUCCACAAGCCCUGUCAUGCAUAGAUGAUCAUACGAAUGCAUUCUUCUGAUCUGAUCUUUACGUGUGAAAAGAUCAAGGUUUGUGCGGGGAGU